GUGUUAAAAAAAAAAAAAGAGAGAAAAUCUCACUUCCAUAUCUGUUUUGUGAGAACGAAAUCUCUCCCUACCUCGGCGUUGGGUUCCUCAUUUUCCGGCGACUUCCCGGCGGGAUCUCCGACAAGAUAAAUGCCAUCGAUCUUGGCGGCAAUCGAGCCAAUUGCAGAUGUAGAGGCAACAAUACAGAAAGACAGAAGACAAAGAACAGUGCAUUUUUGAAAAAGGGAACUUUUACUAUCGGGUCAAAAUGGUGCAAUGUGUGUCAGUAAGCACUCUGACAACCUCUGGAAAUGGUGGGGUUUAUGGGUCCACUGCUUUAUGGGGGAGACAUUUCCAGUUAAUGAGAAAAACCCAGAUUCGCACAGGGAGUGAAAGAAAUUUUCUUUGGCAUCACUGUGCACAGAGAUUAUUCUUUGCUGGUCAACUUGUUAUGCAGAGGCAAAGGAAUUUGAGGGUUGAAGCUGGAUGGCUGUUUAAAGGUGGUGGUGACCAGGGGUUAGAUGCAAGCUCAGAGUGUAGUGAGAGUGCUAAUGAGGAUAUUUUGAUUUUCUUUUUCCAGCUGGACUUGGCAACUCGAGUACAGUAUGCUUUGAAUACGGAGCAGUAUGAAAUAGCACAACAACUGAGAGAUAAGCUGACCGAGGUUGAAGCAGAGGUUGUCAAGCAGCGAGAAUCAAAAAGGGGAUCCACAUCAAAGAGUGAAGCUCAAGACAAAGCUUUAAGUAUGAUACGUCUACGGGCAGACCUGCAGAAAGCAAUUGAGGCAGAAAACUAUGCAUUGGCAGCUGAGUUGCGAGAUGAAAUUAACAAACUAGAGGCAGAGUCUCUGGCUGCAUCGGCAAAUGCUCUGGUGUAUGAAAAUACACCAUAUGCAUUUCGUUUGGGACAGAAAGUGAGGCAUAAAGUGUUUGGCUAUUCUGCUGUGAUUUGUGGAAUGGAUCCAGUGUGCUGUGAAUCAAGUUCAUGGAGGGAAAGCGCACGUGUUGAUAAGUUGACUCGGGGUUCUAAUCAGCCAUUUUAUCAGGUAUUGGUUGAUGUACAUGUAGACCCCAAUCUAUUAGUGGCAUAUGUUCCAGAGGAGAAUUUGCUGGUCCCUGAUGGACCAAGACCAAACAAGGGCAGGUUUGAUCACCCCUAUCUUUCUUUUUUAUUUUACGGCAUGGAUGCAGCUGGAGAUUUCAUUCCAAUCAAGCAGCUCCGGGAGAAGUACAAUAGGCCCCGGCAUGAAGUGCCUGGUGAUCCACCAGACGAGGGUGGAGAAGAUGCUUAAAGCAGCACACUGAUUAUCUGUUCCCAUCAACUUCGAAGAGCUAGCAAAUCAAAAGAGGAAAGAUUUGACUCCAGAAGUUACCUGGGUCCUACAUCUGAAUAGCACAGCCGUUUUGUCUUGUGUAUGAUCCUGAUUCGUGUGUAUAAGUGUUUUUAGGAUGAUUUGGGACGGUACUCUUACCGUUUACUUGAAUGAAUUACUAAUCUUGUAUUUUUGCUUUAGGAGCGAAGUUUCUGACACUCACACACUACUCACUAGAUCAUUUGAUACAUGUAGAUGCAUUUUAAGGUAUCAAUGUGGGUGAUUUCUGAAUUAA